AUGACAGCUACUGCAGUUGAGAUUGUACCAGUGCUUUUAGAGGAAAGCUUACCAGUCGAAGUUUCAACUAAAUUGAUUGAAAGAGGCCAUGCAAGACGUAUGGGUCAUUUAGAAAAUUAUUUUGCCCUAUUACAAAGACAAGAGUUAUAUACCAAUUUCCAGAUCUAUGGUGAGUUCAAUGAACCGGUUUCAGACUCUCAGUUGAGAGAAAGUUUAAGAGAAAUACUAUUCAAGCAUCCUAUUCUUGCUCAUACUAUUAUUCCAAAGGAUCAACCAGAUUUCAGAAAAUGGUACCAAAGUGAAAAGUAUUUAAAUACUCCAUAUCCCCUUCAUGAUUUCAUUAGAAUUUUACCUGAGUUGAAAUUGUCUGAUAUCUUAAUCAAUAAACAACAAGAAGAAUAUAGUGAUAUAUUACCAGGUAUCUUAAAUGAAUUUGAAUCUGAGAAGAAGAUCACAAGUUCACUCUUAUCCCGAGCUAGUUGUUUACGUGUCCCAAUAUAUGACCCUAAGAGACCUAAUUGGAGACUAUUAAGAUUAUCACCUAGACAAUUCAUCUAUGUUAGUAAUCAUUGUUGUUCCGAUGCUAUAAGUGGAGUAAAUCUAUUCCAAGAUAUUGCUGAACAUCUUUCUUCCUCCUCCACUUCCUCUUCUUUUCCGCGAGAAGACGAUAAGAAUGAUAAUAACACUAUUUUCAAUUAUAAUUCAGAUUGGAAAUUUUUCAAUAAAUUGUAUGAUCCAAUCACUGAUAAAAUCGAAUAUAGACCAAAAGUAAAGGCAUUACCUAAAUUUGCAUGUUCCAUUUUUGUUAAGAGUUAUUUAAGUUAUUUCAAUUGGAAUGGGUUACCAACGAUGAGAGUAGAUCAACCGUUACCAUUACUUCAUAAACAAUUUCAAUUCCAACUAUUAGAAUUUACUAAUGAGGAAUUGAAUACCAUCAGAGAUAAAAUUAAGACGAUGGGAUGUACUUUCACUCCAUUUUUACAAGCUUGUUGGUUCAUCGCCAUGUAUAAGUGUGGUAAAGUUUUCAAUUUGAAAUCUUGGAAAGAAUGGGCCAUUGAUAUUGCUGUUCCAAGUAGUUCUAGACGGUUUUUAAUUGAGGAAGAUGAUAAUUCUUUGAAGGAAAUGUAUAAAUAUGGAUCUAAUGUUGGUGGAUUCCAUUAUAGUUAUUUGAUUUCUUCGUUUAAUAUUGAUCGUUCUGAAAAUGAUAAAUUUUUCGAAUUAGUUCAAUAUUAUCAGGACGGAUAUAGUAAAUCAUAUGAAAAUGGAGAUCAUUUGAUUGGGUUGGGUAUUAUGAUGAUGGAUGGGAUUGUUCAAAGGAAAAAUAUUGACAAAAUGAUUAAAGAUGAUUAUUUAAACCAAACGCGUGCUGGCGUGUUAUUUAGUAAUGCAGGUUUUUUUCCACAAGAUGAAUCAAAGAAGUACCAUGUUACUGAUUUAGUCUUUAAUCAAGCUCAAGGUUCUAUGAAAUUUUCGUUUGGGUUAAAUAUUGCUUCUACGAAUGUUAAUGGGUUAAAAAUAUCUGUUAAUGUGGCUGAAGGUACAUUUGAUGAAACGGCUGACUUCGCUCAUUUAUGUAAUGAAUUCAAGGCUAACAUAGUCUCCUUUGGUGGUCUAUGA